GUGAAGCCAAAGAGUCCUGGGCCCCGACCCAAGACCCUUCCUUCCAGAGCGAGGCUCCUGCCUCCAGACCGAGGCCCUUCCCCCCUCCCUCUCCCCCCCAUCACCGAGGACCAAAUUUCCCUCAGGUUCUCCGAGAAAGGAGAACAAGGACAGCCUCAUGAGUGAGGUGGGAGAGGUCACCCUCACGGAGGUGACCGCCUCCGUCUCGCCUCAAGCCACGCAGAAACUCCUGGUUUCCUUGGGAGGCGGAGAUCCUCCCCGGGCACCAGUCGCAGGCAACCUCAGCGGAGAUGCGAUCCCCAAGGCCACCGCGGCAGCAGGCGCCAAGGGAAAGGUGCCCAGAAAGGUCAUCGCCAAGAGGGUGCGAGGCUCCGUCAAGUGGUUUAACGUGAAGAAUGGGUACGGUUUCAUCAGCAGGCAUGAUACGCAGGAAGAUGUGUUCGUUCACCAGACGGCCAUCACCCGAAACAACCCUCACAAAUACCAAAGCAGCGUGGGCGACGGCGAGACAGUCGAGUUCGACGUGGUGCAGGGUGAGCGGGGCGCCGAGGCCGCUAACGUGACCGGGCCAGCAGGUGCCCCGGUGCAGGGCAGCCGCUACGCUGCCAACCGCCCCCGCUUCCGCGGGGACUUCUACAUUCGCUGCCGCGCACCGCCCCCACGAGGUCCCAGGGGCGCUGAGGAGGACGUCCACGAAGGUGAAGCCAGUGGCGAAGGCUUCAUCGAGGCCCAGGGCCAGAGGCGCCGCCUGCCCGGCGGACCCCAAGACCAAAGGCUGCGGCGCUUCCCGUCGUUCCGCAGGACCUCCGCCGUGUCCCGCCGGCCAUCGAUCCUCGCUCCCACCAGCGACCCGAGGUCCACCCACCUGCCCGGGUCCGCCCCAGCCUCAAGGCCCGAGAACGCCCCGCGGCGAGGGCCAGGCCCCAGCUACCUGCUGAGUCGCCCUAGGGGCCAAGGCACCGCCGCUCCUGGUCCAAGACCCUCAGCGGGCAUCUCUGAGGAGCUGGAGGCGGAAGACAAGGAAAGCGGGCCUGAGGCCAGCGGUCCGCAGCGGAAGCCCCCGCCACGCUACGGAUCCUGCCGCCCCAACAACCCACGCCGCCGUCCACAACAGGCGCCUGGUGCCCAGGGCCAGGACACCGUGGGAGGAGAAGGCAAGAUCGGGAAGAGCCCUGCUGAAACACCCGCUUUUGUUGCUUUGGUUGCUUUGGUUGCUGUGGCCAAGAAGAGCAGCGCCGCUGAGGAGGAGGACGCCUUGGUCGCCGAAGUCCCCACUGCCACCCAGGCCAAGUAACAACAGCCUGGCUCCCUCCCCAGGGACUCCCAGGCCUGGGCUACAGGGGAUGUCCCCUUAAGGAGAUGAUGCCCUUUAAUGCAAUGCAGUCCAAACAUCCACCUUGACUGUUAGAUUUGUGCCCUGAGAAAAAAAAUACAUGCCCCUUCCCCAAGGUUUGAGGAAAAACUACAAGAUCUAUAUAUUUCUAAAUUCCCUCUUACCAUCUGUGUUGGUAAUUUCUGUACACAGACACACGCACACACAGACACACACACACACACACACACACACACACACCACACACACACACCACACACACACACCCAUGCACACACUUAUUCUUUUAAAAGAUCUGACCAGGACCACAGCUAUUAUUCUGUGUCACCAAGGGAAUUAGUUGAAGUACUUAUAAAAAUUCUUUUUUAUUUUUAAUACAAAAACAAAGAUGAUCUGAUAUUGAAGAUUACCUUACAUUGCUGUGUGAUGUUAACUCACCUGAGUGGUCAUUAUCUCAAUAAAUCAC